CCUGGCAACGUCAAUCACAACAAAUUGCGAAUUAAUAAAAAAUAGUAUUUGAGCCUCUUUCGUUGAACUCAUUUUUACGUCAUUAUUUGCUAUUCUCAAAUUCUCAAAUAUAAUGUACUUUUGAGUUAAAAAAGAAUGUCUGUAUUGAGUUUGAUACCUGAAGACAAAAAACGGGAAAAUAGGAAGGAGUCCUUGGAGACCGUGUACAGCAGCGGUUCCCGUUUGACAUUAUUGAGUAAGAGGAAGAGGCACAAUCUAGCAACGGAAAUGUCGAACCACUCGAUCGCCAGCAAGGACCGUUACGUCACCCAGCGAGUGCUCUCCGCGAAGACGCAUAGAGUCAAACAGCUGCAGAAUCAGUUGGCUGACGCGCAUUAUCAUUUACAGGAACUGAGCAAUGAGAACAGGGUCCUUAGAGCGAUGCAAAAGAAGCAAGAGAUCGCUUUACAGAGGUAUGAGAACUCCAACGCUGAACUACCCCAAGUGUUGAAUUCUCACAACGAAGAGAUCAGGAUACAGCAGAGCAAAUACAAACAGCUGAAGCAACAAUACAGGGAGCUGACGCAGCGGAUGAAGGAGAAGGACAUGCAGUUGCAGCAGUUGAGAGAUGAACAUCAGCACCUGUUGGACCUGAGCAAGGAUAGAAAUCUACUAGAACGCGAGAAACUCCAGGCUGAAGUAACGGAAUUAUCGGCUAAAGUACAACAACAAAACGAGACGAUAUCGAUGCUUCAGCGGCGGAUCGCUCUCGAAGCGAAGAACUUCAAACAUCAACUACAGCAGGAGAUGAACAAGCAUAAAGAUACUAGACACGAUCUGGAUUUGGCUAUUGUUAAUGCGGAUAAACUAUCCAGUAUUAUUGAGAUGAAAGAGAAAAUGCUUAGUACAGCCGCUAGUCGCGGUGUGAAAUCUCCAACAAAGGGCCCAACAUUAAAUGUAACAAGACCGAUCAGCAGACACAAACUAGAUGCUUCUACAAAAUUGAAUGACACCAGCCUUAAUGUAGAUCAGAACAUAUUAGCAAAAUUAUGUGAAAAUUCACGCAGUCUCAGUAGUGCACUGUCACAUGAUGAAGAUACCUCGUCAUCUGUUGAGCCGCGCUCAAGAUAUGCUAGAAGUCGCACUAGUUCUACCAGCACACGUUCUACACCACAAACGCGAGUAUCGUCCAAAAGCUCUGAUGAAAUGAUCGAGCUAGCCAAAACUGUACAAGACGGCAUGGCUGAUUUGGCAAUAUUCGAUAAAGAUCUGGCAACGGAGAAUUCCACACCAGAGGAAAUGCAAAAACGUAUGGAAGCUAUGAAAAUUGAAUUAAUUAACAAAAUAAAGAAUAACGAUGAACCGGCCCCAAAAAAAGCGAGUGCUUUAAGAAGGAAAUCUACUGAAGAAUCAAUCGAGGAACAAAUUAUUGAAUCUGAUAAAUCAGACAGACCUAAAUCUAGAGGACGAAGACAUUCUAAUGUAUCAUUUUUAGAAAGUUCACAGAUUGAAUCGACAACCACAGUGGUGGCGGUAAAUAAUGAUGAUUUUAAAUUUAAAAGAGAAAAUAGCGUAGUAGAAAAAAAGCUAUCCACGAAACCUAUUGACAAAUACUGCAAAGAUAUAAUUCAAGAUAUAGAAAAGAGUAGCAAAGUCAUAGAUAGUCACGUAAAACAGUUUAAUAAUUCGAGAUUUGAAAGCGAUAAGCUUGUGGAGCAGUUGCAGGCCGUCGAUAAAUUGAACGAAUUAGUCAAUUUCAAGGGUGAAAUACCAGAAGAAACUUUAAAGGAAUUGAAUAAUAAUUUCAAAGUUUUGACUGAUCAAGUUCUAGAUACCGCCCCGACGAGAAAACGAUCUGUGUCAGGGAGAAGAAAUUCUAGGAAUAAUCUGCUUGGAGAUUCGAAUUUGAGCAACCAGGAUUUAUUAGAUGAUUUACUGGGAAAGAAAUGAUAUACAGUAUUUUGUUAGAUCAUUCUUAUUUUAUUGUGUGUUCAUUUGUGAAGAGAGAAUACCGACUGUGAUGUUUUGUGAUUUAUGUUUGUAUCAAUUCAUUUUCUGAAACUUCUAAAACGUUUUUUCUAUUCUGCUAUAACACAAUAAUAAUAUGUAGUUUUCUUAAUGUUAAUUUUGAUAACAAGUAUUUAUUUAUUAUUAAUACUUGGUUUUUCAUUGCAAAUUGAAUUAAACAGUAUGUACGUGGUAAUGUAAUUUUAGUGUAGCCAAUGUAUCUCGUACUGAUUUAAGUACGUGAUUUGAUAACUUACAGACUAAAUACAUAGAAAAUCAGAAACUUGUACAAGUCUGGUGAUUAUAAAAAAGCAAGCUCCAACAAAUUUAAAACUUUCAUAUUCCCUUUAGUGUUAUAAAUUUACCUAAAAUAUUGAUGAAUAUUUGUAUUCUCAGUCUUCAUUACAUCACACACAUGUUUCGAUUUAAUUUGGUGAUGCUUCACAAAGGCAAAGUUAUUAAGAAGUUUUACAAACUAUUCUGUCGAACAAUAUCCGAAAACAACAAUUAGUUUAGGAAUUCAAUUAGAUACCUCUCCUUAGGUCGAUUUAAAGUUUGUAAUGAGAAUCGCUAUGUCGUAAUAUAUAUUUGUUCUGAUAAAUUUAGAUUGUAAAAUUGUCCAUGUAUUUUUUGUAUCAAUUUUUGCGUUUUUUUUUUCUUUAAAAAUACGAGAUUUGAUACUUAUCUAAAUCUUAGAGGACAUUGCUUUUUGGAUAUAGAAAUACUAAAUUUAAAUUGAAGUCGAAGGAUCUACAGUUCAAAAUAUUCGUGAACUUUUUUUGUGUUAGUUCGUACUGAGCUUGAAAAUGUUCAUUGAAAACCUGUUUCUUGAGCUAUAAAUCGUCAAAGAUUAUUUUGUAGUGUAUAUAACACGUGGUCUAUUCUAAAACAAUGGUGAAGUUUCAGAUGAAUUGGUUUAAAUAAACUAUGAAAUCCUACCAUUAUGCCAAAAGGUAGAGCGGGUAGAAAAAGCACGGUGGUUUAAGUUCACGUUGCUUCAAUAUCUGCUCUACCCGGAUACGAACCAAACUUCAUGUGAUUAAAAUAAACUUUAUUUUGUUUUCCUCUUAAAAUACGGCGGUUUAAUUAAUCUUGACGUAUCCAACACCGGUUAGGUAAUUAAUGAAAAAUAGAGUAUUAGUUUUAAAAUGUCAAGUUUGGGUAAUUUUUUAUUUUAUAUAUUGUUACUGUGUGAUUAUGUAUAAAUAAAUAUAUAUUUUCGGGUAUAUAA